AUGGACACGACCACCUAUCCUGCCGCCAUUGCUCCAGCUUUUUUGUCUUCUUUUUCUUCUUUCUUUCUUUCUUUCUUUUUCUUUCUUUCUUUCUUUCUUAACAAGACUUUUUUCUUCAUUCCUUAUUUAAUUUCAGUGUUUUGUUCUUUCUUCGUUACUUUCUUUCGCUUUUCUUUCUUUUUCAACUAUUCCUUCUUCUUCUUCUUCUUCUGUUUUCUUUUUUCCUCCUCGUUUCUUCUUCUUCUUCUUCUUCUUCUUCUUCUGUUUUCUUCUUUUCUCCUCAUUUUCUUCUUUCUUCAUUUUUCUUUUUUCCUCCUCGUUUCUUCUUCUUCUUCUUCUUCUGUUUUCUUUUUUCCUCCUCGUUUCUUCUUCUUCUUUUUCUUCUGUUUUCUUCUCUCCUCCUCAUUUCUUCUUCUUUCCUCCUCGUUUCUUAAUUUUUUUCCUCAUCAUUUCCUUUUUCUUCAUUUCUCCUCAUUUCUUCUUCUUUCCUUCCUCUUUUUUCCUUUUCAUUUCUUCUCUUUUUCUUUCCUCUUCGUUUCGUUUCUUCUCGUUCUGCUUCUUUUUCUUCAUCUAUUUCUUCUUUUAUCAUCGUCUCUUCUUCUUCUUCUCCUCUCCUCUUCUUUUUCUUUUUAUCUAAUUUCUCCUUUUCUCUUUAUUUCUUCAUCUUGUUUCCUCUUCAUUUCUUUUCCUCUUUUUAUUCUUUUUUUCCUCAUCGUCUCUUUAUUUGCUGCUCUCUUAUUUUCUCUUUGUUUCUUCAUCUUCUUCUUCCAUCUCCUCUUCCUCCUCCUCCUCUUUUUCUUAUUCUUCUUCUUCUUCUUCUUCUUUCCUCCUCGUUUCUUCUUUCCUCCUUAUUUUACUUCUCUCCUCUUCGUGUUUCUUUAUUUCAUCGUCCCUUUUUCUUCUGCUCUCUUCUUUUCUCUUCGUUUCUUCAUCUUCUUCUUCUUCCUCCUCUUCUUUUUACUUCUUCUUGUUCUUUCCUCCUCUUUUCUUCAUUUUUCCUCGUCAUUUCUUUUUUCUUUUGUUUUCUUCUUUUUCUUCUUUUCUCCUCAUUUCUUCUUCUUUUCUUCUUAUUUCCUUCUCUUCUGCAAUCAAUUUACAAGCAAUCGUUAUGCAGGUUAUUCGUUCAUUUCCUCUGUCUCUCCUGCCUUCAAUAGGUCCUGUGAGUGUCAAAUUCUCCAAGCUCUCUUUCCUCGUUCUGUGUCCUAG